ACGAUUGGCCCACUUUCGAACCCCAGCUGAGUGUGCAGUGGAAAGAGGUGAAGGGAUUCCACUCAGGUUCGUGCGUGUGGUGUGUCGCCAGCGGUAGUGCUGAGGAGAACUACGCGGCUUCAUAGCGUGGGUGAGAUCGUUUCGCGAAACUUCAAAACCUUAUCGCAUUUCAUCGAGCACACAUAGUUCAGUACCAUCCUGACUAGUCAUGGUUGACGCGUUGAGUAAAGAUCUCAUGGAGAGAUCCUUCAAGGAACGUCGAUCUUUCGCUCAGCGACAGCGCGAUGUUGAGGAUAUCAUCGAGAGACACCCCGACAAGGUUCCCUGCGUAAUUGAACGAUACCGCAACGAGAAAAGUCUUCCGCCUCUCGACAGGUCGAAGUUCUUGGUCCCGGAUUAUUUGACUUUCGGUGAGCUUGGUCGAAUAAUUCGCAAACGGCUCGAACUCCAUCCUCACCAGACAUUCUUCCUGUUAAUCAAUCAGCGUAACAUGGCUGCAGUCUCGAAAACCAUGGCCGAGGUUUAUGCAUCUGAGAAAGAUGAAGACGGGUACCUGUACAUCGUCUACGCCAGCCAAGAGGUCUUCGGAUCAGACCGAUUGGAGUCCGCGGAAGCAGAAGACGGAGCUGCGUAAAACGUUCUAGUUAUCUUCCUCGGGAGUCGAGUUCCCACACUGAACAGAUGUCUGAUUCGGGAGAGCGGAUUUUAUGCGUUGUUUUAUCGGUCCUGAUGUUCUGGGAUAAAAUUCAACUCGACUUCGGAGGAUGCCAUCGAUGACCUUACUCACACGAAGCUGUUAGCUGGUCACGGCUACCAACUUGUACUCUAACAGCCGACCACAAAACCAGCACCAUGGUGGAUCAAGAGAUUCGUCUGAAUACAUAUGUAAUGUUUGAAAGGACACCUGUAGAUUGGAUCAGUGGCGUUCCAGACAGUAGCCGUGGAUAAAUUCUCUUUAUCGACGAGCUGCUCGGAAAUUAUCCACUGAGUCGGAGAAGCGAGACGAAACUGCCGUAAUAGGCAUUGUUACUAUGUGAUGUGAGUUUUUUUCCACGUAUGAAGUCCCCCAAUCAACUUUCAUACGAGACGAUUCCUGGCUAUUCGUUCACCUGAUACUUCUUAAAACAACUGUUCGCUCUCGCGAUGUGAAAUGGCCGACUGCUAGCCGGAUGCCACCAUUCUUAAGUCAGACAAACAAUAAACAGCGUGACUUCAACUU